CCCAAAGCGUGUCCCUCCCUCCUCCCUUUUUAAGCCCCCAGAGGAGGCACCGCCGCCGCUCGCCACCAUCCCCGACCGCGCCCCCGUCCCUGCGCCGCUCCGCAGACGGCGGCCGUGCUCUCCGUCGUCGUGUUGCCGGGUCGCCUUCCUCCUGAAUCUAUCAAUCCCUCCCCAUGGCGUUCUGGGGCGUGGAGGUGAAGCCCGGGAAGCCGUACACCCACAGCUACAACCCUUCCCAUGGCCGUCUCCGCAUUUGCCAGGCCACAUUGGGCAGUUGCGAUGCUGCUACAAGGACAGUGGUGCAAUGCAUUGUGGGCAACAAGAAACCCAUCAUACUUUGUAGUUUGAAUCCUAAAUUGACUGAGAUGUGCCAUCUCGAGAUUGAGUUGGAGGAGGUCGAUGAGGUUCUGUUUUCAGUACUUGGCCAGAGUUCUGUGCAUCUCUCAGGAUAUUACCUCCGGCCAGGCAGCAGGGGCAAUGCAGGGGAGGAAGACUCAGAAUCUUAUGGAGAGGAUGUUGGAGAGUCUGAUACAGACCAAGACUAUGAAGGGAGUGAGGACAGUUAUGAAUCUGACUUCAUUGAUGAUGGUGACAAUGAAGUACCCGAGGACAGUGAUGUUUCUGAUUCUAUGGAUGAUGGUGAUGUAUGCUCAACCCCCGAUCACCGCAAGCAAGAUUCUGAAAAGCAUGCUCGUAAGGUUAAAAGACAGCGACGCUUAAAGAAGAAGCAACAAGUUGACAGCUCUGCUGACAAGAUUGCUGAUUCUCCAUCAAAGCCUGCUGCCAGGCGCAAACGUGGCUCAAUAUUUGAUAGUGCCAGUGAAGAUGAGGACUUUUUGGCCCAGAGUGAAGAAGAAAACUUGCCUACGCCUGUUUCCUUGGCUAAGAAAACUAAUGGUAAAGUUUCAGAGGAAAUCAAACCUGGAAAUGUUACGUCGAAUGACGAAGCCAAAAAACGGAGUAAAAGUGAUAAGAAAAGAAAAAGUGAUGCCAUCAAUGAGGAUCCUGCAUCUCCAAUGGAUGUAACAGAGAUCAAUGGAUCAUCGGUUCCAAAACAGGAAGCUGAAAUAAAAAAGAAAUCCAAGAAAAAGAAGAAAACUCUAGAGGCAGAAGAUGGAAAGCAUUCGAACAACAUAAGAACAUUGGAAGAUGGGCUGGUCAUAGAAGAUCUGUCAGCAGGAAACCAAGAUGCCAAAGUGGCUUCAGAGGGCAACAAGGUUUAUAUCAAUUAUGUUGGCAAGCUGCAGGAUGGAAAAACUGUUCAUUCUAAUGGCGAGGAAAAGCCCUACAAGUUUAAGCUUGGUAAAUUUUGGCAAACGCCUUCAGCUUAUCUUACCAUACCAUGCUUGGGUUUGCCUUUCAGAAUGCAUGUUUUGCUUACUGCAGGUUCUGAGAAAGUGAUGCGUGGAUGGAACCUUGGUAUUACUGGUAUGCGCAUUGGAGAGAAGAGGAGGCUAACCAUUCCCCCAUCCCUGUGCAACAAUGGUGGUAAAUCGGUUGUAGAAUUGCCCAAAGAUUCAACAAUCAUCUAUGAAGUGGAGUUGGUGAAAGUCCGGUGAAACGCGUGACCCUCUCGUUCCUGUUUUAUGCCGAAGACCGGAGCAUGGAUUUUUGUCGAGCUACAGAUGGAGAUUGUGUGUUUUGUUCCGCAUAGGCUAUGUGUUUUGUUCCGCAGAACUGUUGUGUGGGCGAAGAGUAUUAAGAAUUUGAUGAGCAUUCGAGUUAGCAAAAAGAGAUGAUUUAUAUAUCCUGUGUACUGAACUGGACGAGACGGUGGUCUGUGGUCGAGAUUAGCACCCUGGUCAGUUUGUGGGAUGUUUCCGUGCAAUUCUGUCGAAUGUGAGAAUUCUAUCUUGUUCCUGUCAAUGCAACAUUCCUGUCAAAUCA